UGAAGACAGAAAGGUCAGACACUGAAUAGCAGUAGGCACCAAGGCAACGUCUAAAGACCGUCCUCAAGCUCGUUAUUUUUAGUUAGGUUGUUAAUUUGGACUCAGAUAUAAAAUGCUCAUCAAGUAUUAUAGUUAUUAUGGUUACAGUGAUCUGAUAGUUUAUCGUUGAACUCCAAGUGGAGACCAGUUGAAAAUAGGUCCGUUAGAGAUCUUAACAGAAGAUGAGCUUCGAGGCAAAACGAUGUGGAGUGCAGUUCAGUCCCCCCUCUAUAGUUUUAAUUUAUGAAAACAAGGAAACCAAAACAGUGCGAAAAAGAAUAAUACCUGUGCGCAACUUCUCAAAGUACUCUGACUACAGCAUGGCCGCUGAAAGGCUGAAGAACCACCCUCGACACAGGGAUUACCUGGAGGGUGUGUCCCAGAGCCAGCUGGAGAAGCUUCACAUCAUCCUGCGAGAUCACUUGCAGGGCUUCAGUUUGGAGCACAGUCUGGCUUCGUUUCGCCUGGAUCCCGACGAAGAUCUGAACAAACUGGACGAUGAGGAACUGGCUCGCAAGAAGGGCCAAAUGGACGAACUGUUUGAGAGGAAUCGGAGGCGCAAAGAUGAUCCUAACUUUGUUUACGACCUGGAGAUUGACUUCAACAAGACCACACAAGAAAAGUGCAGCUGGGAUGACGAUUCUGAUGACGGAUUUUAAAACAGUUUUCCAAUCCCUUGAUUGAUGGAGUUUAACCUUUCAGAGUGCAGAUUGUCAAUCACCUGACAUACUGAUGUUCUGUGAGAUAACAGGAACAUGUGACACAACUGAACUUUACCACAGUGCUUCAUAUCCAUCUAAACCCAUGAACAUGUUAACUAGAGCUUUUUAGGAAGGAUCUACUUGCAAUUUAGUAAGUAUAUACACUUUGGUGCCAGUUUAUUGGUUACUGAAAGCUAAUGGAGUCUGAACUGUACAUUGUACCUUCAUGAAGAUGAUAAUGUCCAGCUUUUAUUCAAACCAUUUUAUCAGGGGGCUGGUGAUUCAAUUUUACAGUCAUUUGCACAGCUAUAGUUAAAACACUGUUGAAUCGUGCCACGUUGCACUGAAAAGUGUUUCUAAUAUUUUGCCCACUCUAUUCAUUUGAAUAAGAGCAGACCAAAUAUUAGAAACACCACACAGUAGAACAGCAGAAUCCAACAGCGCUGUAAACUAAAGCUUCAAAACAGCCAUCAAAUUGAAUCAGAAUGUCUGAAACGGUUUCAUUUAACAGUGAACACUCUAACCUCCAUGAGGGCAGAAUUCAGUACAGGAUUGUUUUAUUAGACUUCAUUCAUUUUAGCUAGCUGUACUUAAUAAGCUGGCAAGUGAAUGUAUGUUUCAAUGGUUCUGGCAACGACUAGAAUUUUAGAUUAGUAAGAAUUAGUACACUAAUUAGGGACAGCCAUAGUAGUGGCUGAACAGACAAAUAGGACACCAACCACUUGACAGCAUUCCUAGAUGACAACAGCAAUAAAUACAGGAGAUACAAGCACCCACUGGUUUAACAAUGGUUUGCCAUUUCACUUAAAGCAUCAGUAACAUUGUUUUCCCCAAUUAGCCCCCCAUGAUAUUUUGGCUUUUCUUGAGAUCUCUCCAAUUGAAAUUACAGCUGCAAGCCCCAAUGCAGUCGGGACUGAACAUUUGUGUUAGUUAUUCUGCAAUAUCCAUGGACCUCAAUGGACUUCACAAUAGUUUCCACAGAGAAACACUCAGCAUUUCAAAAAUAGAGAUAAAUGGGAAAAUGUGUGAAAGUCAAAUGAUGUUGGUGAAUGCCCUGUGGUAAUUUCAAAUGCAUACAUAACAUGUUCUAUUUCGAACUGGAAUGAAUUGAAUAAUGCAUGAAUAACAGGGAAUAUUUAUUUGUUAUAAAAAACUGAAAUUUUCAAAAUA